GGGAGGAAGAACAUAACCAUUAAUAUCUAUAUUGUCAAUUUUUGACAGUUCUCUUAAAUAUAAUUAGAUAUAAGAUUUAAUAUGUCGGAAUUUGAACGAAUUAUUCCUAUAAAAAUAGAAAAAGGUGAAAGUAGUUCUCAUGAAGUCUCAAGUACUAGUGAAACUAAUAAAGAUUGCCAAAAGAAAGAUACUCUUCAGUCCGCUUCUCAGCAAACGAAGCCACAUGUUCAGAUAAAACCACUUAAUGAAUCCAAAAGUUACGAGUAUUUAAAAAAAUAUUAUGUCUUCGAAGAACGAGGUAAAGAUCCAAUUGUGAACAUAAAUGUUCCUGAGAAGAUAAUCCUUGUAAUAGAUCGAGCUCAAGAUGAACAUUGUAGUAACUUUAUAGCAAAAAAUAUCAAAUACACACCCAUGACUAUGUUAAGAAAAUCCUUACAUCUUUUUGUCAAGUUAAAAAGUAUGAUUAAUAAAAAUCACGAAUUUGCUAUAGUACUUUUAAACGAGAAUAAUGCUUCUUGGUAUAUGAACUUCACCUCUGACGUACGAAGAAUAGAUAAUGCUAUAGGAACAAUAACACAGUGUGAAGUCGAAGAUACCUUUGAUAUAAGUCUAGUUUUUGAAGAAAUAAUACCAAAUAUAAAAGUACCAGAAGAAACUGUUGCUCCUCCAUAUAUAAUUCGAACUGUGUUAUUUUAUGGGCGCUCCUAUACAGUACCAGAAUUAAAAUUUAGUGAAGACAUUCAGGCGUUAUUAGAUCAUUCAUUUUUUAUUUUUGAUGUGUUAAUGACUCACGAACCUAUUGAUAAGAGUAAUCAUUGCAGUAAAAUAUUUGAACGUUUACAAAAUAUUGAUAAAAAAGGAAUUUCAUAUUUUUUUCCAGUUGGGAGGAAUACUCGAAGAUUACAUAAUUCUAUUGCAAAACUUUUGGGUCACGGAUUACAAAGGCCUUUGCAAAAAUUACAAAAAAUUUGAAUGCAUCAAAUAAGUGUUAUUCAAAACAGUUCUUGUUUUAAUUGUCUAUUGACUAUAAUUUCCUUACAAUGUCUUAUAUUUAUUAUCUAUAUGUAUAUACUAUAGGAGAAACCUCAGUGAAAUCUAAAACAUUCUAUAGGUUUGUUCCAACCCAUUAAAAGACCGUUUUGAUAUGGUGACUAUAGAUAUUACAUGUUUCAACUAGGCAGUUACCGUUAUACAAACAGUUCUGUUUUGUGUUCCAACUGACUUAUUGUGAACUGUUUCUGGGACAGUCUUUUAGAUACUUGGUUGAAUGUAAGUAAUGUUACAAGAACUGUGAAAUUGCACAGAAAAUAUCACUUAAACAUGUUCCAAGAAUGGUCCAGAUUAGCAGGUUGGAAUAAACUUUAAUAACUCUUAAUUGCUGAUUUUGUAAAUUAAAAUAAAUAACUAAAUUAAUAAUUAAUUUCUGUUGACAAGCUUAGGUUUGUUAAAAUUGACUGCUUUAGGUCUGCUAUUUCCAAAGUUUUUGUAAUUCAAUUUCUGCUAUAAACUAAAAUUUUGUGAUUUUGAUUAACGUUAAAUUCAAUCUAUAUGCAUAUUGUACUCCUAUUUCAAUAGAGCUAGAGGCACAUAAAUGCUAAUUUUACAGGAAAGCCAAAACUAUUACAUCAGGGUCGAUAAUUUUUAAACAAAAAAAAAUAGUAGGGUGAAACCCAUUGGAAAAGGGGAAAAUAUGAUAAAAAUAAAAGGGAAAGUAAUUUACCGCCAAUUUAAGGUCGAGAUAAACCGUUUUUUACACUUAAAACCUCUAUAUUAUCUUGCUUUUCCAAUAGAUUUCAUCCUAUUAUUACAUCCUCCAUAUAGUUUAAAGAUAUUUCUACUGAUUAAUGAUAUAAAAUGUAAUUUUAAACAUUAUCUUAAAGUAUACAUUGAACAGAAAAUAUUAACUUUAAUUUUUUUGAGAUAUGGCACUAUUGAAAUAGGAGGGAUGUAUUAUGGGGCGGAAAUCAACUGUGGGGAAAAAUAUUUGGAAUAGGGUAAUGUUAAAAAUAAAUUAAGAUACAUUUUUUAUAGGUACUUUAUUUAAAUGUAUUUCCUAUGUAAGAAUUUAAUAUUUUUAAAAUUAUAAUAUACACAAUAAAAACAUUGAAAUAUUUGUACUUUCCCUUACAACAAAAGAAUGUAAAUAAAUUGUGUAAUAUAUAUGUAUGAUCAAUGACAGUAAUUUUUUUACAACUAUAAUAAUUAGUGUAAAGUUAAUUUUCUUCUAAAAUGGUUGACGUUAGUGGUAGUGGAAGGAUAAGUAAACAAAUGAAGAUAAUGUUAAUGCAGUGAAUAAGGUCCAGACUGCUAAGAAGGUAAAAAGAUUGAAAGAACUAUCAAAGAUCUUUGAUCACAAAUGGGUUGCAAGCAUAGUGUAACAGCACCUUUAGCAGCAAAUUUGUAUUGAUUCAGUUUAAUCUGAUUCCAAUUUCAGGCAAUAAUCUAUGCCACUUUAUCGUAAAAGUAGCAUUGAUGACAAUUUCUCAAAAAUUUUUUAGUAAAAUAUAUAAAUUAGUCAAAUUUAAAAAAAAAACAAAGCAGUUGGAAUUGAUCUCACGUCUUAAUUUUUGUUAAUUGCAUUGGACAGAAAACAAAAAAAAUAUGAAAUGUAUAAUCUGGAUACUAAUAAUUUAUUUCUUGAAUACAGUAAAAUUUCCUUAUUCACGCUUAUUUCAUUCACGUUUUUUUCACUAUUCACGGAGUAAAAAAAUGUAACCCAAUUCUUAUAUUUGCAGCUAGAAAUUUCUUUAGUCGCGGAUCUAAUAAGUACAUACAUAAUAUUAAAAGGAUUCCAAUAAGUACCCAACCCAAUAUCCUUUGUAAAUGCCCUCAAAUGGACUAAUAAAAAAGUAAAAUAAAUCUUACAAAAACUUUGCCAGAAGUAUGUUGUUAAAUGAUAUUGCCGACGACUUUGACAUAAGCCGCCUUCGCUGCAGUGUUUUUUAGAAUGUAAAUAAACAGAAUGAAAGAUUAUUCAAUGAUGAAGUACAUAUACAUAUUUUAAAUGUUGCUGUUCCGUUCUAUGCUAUAAGUCGCAUUGUAUGUUUUAUUUUUUCAUCUUUCAUAUUCCUUAUAAAAAUUGUGAUCGAGGACGAGAUGGGUUCGAAAAGAUAGAAUCAAGCGACAUCAGGAAUUGCUUGAAUCGCAAGAUGAAAAUUUGACUGAAACCGACUUGGAGGAAAUGUUAAUUCACAGCCUAUCAACAAGCACUGGAAACGUGACAUUUAAUUUGAAAAAUUUUAGUGAAGGUUUAAGAAAGGCAAAUGAGCUUUGCGAUUUCUUAAUGAACAUUGAUCCGUCCUUAUUUUUAAGUGGCAAAUUGCUAAUGUGACUGCUCCAUAUCAGUCUGAAUUGAAGGAGCUUUUAAAAACUGCCAAGCAAGAUAAAAUUACAAAAUUAUUCAAACCAUUACCUAAGCCUAAAAAUUAAUCAAAAUGUUCAAAAACUUAAAUAAAAUUGAUUUAUUUUGUCACCUAGGAACGUAUCCCCCAUAAUCCUAUACAAAUUACCAUUCCGUAUUCAUGGUUUCUGUAUUCGCGGCAUAUUUUUUGAACAUAUACCCCGCGAAUAAAGAGCUUUUACUGUAUUGUAUAAAAAAUGUGUACAGAACUAGGACAUGCAAUUGAAAAUAAGCAAAAGUAGACUAAAAACUGAGAUCAAAAACAACAUUGAAAAGCUCAAAUAUUAAAAUGUAGUAUAAGUAAGGUAAAAUUAAUAAAUUUAAUUGUUGAAUAUAACUUAUCUUUUGAUUACUUCUAAUGCAUAGCAAACUACAUAUUCCAGCGAUAUUUGAGUGCAAAGUCUUGUCCAUUCACAGAAUAUGUUGUGUUGAAUUUUUGAUAGCUCCUUUGGAUUAUUUCUCACUGACUCUCUGUCGAUAAGUAAUUUUUGUAAUUUAUUUUUCAGCCAGAUAUCUAUAAAAUUCACGAUUAACUUCUUAUUAUAGUGGUGAAAACAAUAACACAGAUAGAAUUUAAUUUGAGACAUAGACAAAUGACUUCUUAGUUCUUUUAUUGUCACUUUUACUUUGUUAUGCCAGUAUUCGUAAUCUUCAGUUUCCAAGAUCUUCGCGGCACUCCGGUUUAUCAAAUAUUUCUUCAAUUCACUAUUAAGUCGAUUCUCAACAAAUUUCACUAUAUUUUCUUUAUUAUCAUCGAUGCAACUAAUUGUAGCAACGAUUUCGUCUAAAAUAGUACAAUCUGGAAUGUCAGAAACAGGUAUUUCAUCGUCAUUAUAAUGAGCUCUCUGAAUGACUUUAUUAUAAAAAGUUUCUAGUUCUUGUCUGCGUUCUUCUUCUCUCGUUUUACGAUUUAAAACAUUAACUUUGUACUUAUAUGGACUCAUUAUUUCAAGUUUUUUCUUGUGAAAACUUUAAUUCUAAAUACAUUAAAACACCUACAAUUUCAAUUCUCGAAAUGAGGUUAGA